ACCUCAUCAACCACUCAGACUAGUCGAGAAACCCACCAGUGCCUCUUCCAACAAGAUGGGGCCGGGCGCAGAAGUGGAAUUAUGUAAUCUUUUCGUAGAGACAUUAUAGAGCUUUGUUUGAUUGAAAAUGACGUCGAUGUUGUCGAUGCGAGCCUUAUAUAUAAUUAAGAUCACCGGCAGCGAAAGCUCCUGCAAGGUGAUGAAGAUGACCACAUCUUCAAAGUGACAGUUUGAAUCCGGACGACGAGAGGUCUACUUCCAGCAGCCAACAUUUGCAACAUCUUCAAGAUGCCCGGAGCUGUGUCGCUGGAGCACCUUCACUUGUAUGAACUGCAAAAGUAUCGUACUCGUAUAAAUGCAUUACAAAUUUCCUCAGCAUCAGAGAAAAAAUUUGUAAUGCGGAUAUACCUCAAGUAGAAAAAGUAAAAGAUUUGUAAUGCAUGACUGCAAUGCGAGUAUUGUGCGAUGCUUUUGCACAGGAUAACUUAACCUCCGUGUCAACGUCGUUCACCGCUUUUCAUCAGGACGAUGUGUAUCGUGAGAAAAAAGUGUUUCACUGUGAACCUGUGAUGCAGAAAAUGGAACGCAGAACUUAACUAUUUGUCUUGCUACACCUGCAAGGCAUGGGAUUUUCCAGCGCGUUUUCCCUUGGGAAGUGCGCAUGACAAUAAAUUUUCAAUGUUAAUAUGUGUAACAAACUUGUGAUGCAGAUCUACUUGCAAAAUCACCACAGUUGUGAAACAGUUCUUUCUUGCGAUAAUGUGGACAGCAGCACCACUGUCUACCACGUCCAGGAAGAAUUUAACUUCCAACUCCAGGCGGGAAAGAAGCCGACGCCAGGAAAACAUGAUCAGAACAACACCGGUCGUAGUUCCUUCAGGUGUUAUGCCUGGGACGGUCGUUAGCAUACAGAAGGGUGAAUUUGCAGUGAAUUUGUAUUGCAUGACUUGCAUUUACUUCAAAAGAGAAGUGCGCUGCGUAAAGGGCUGGGCACGAGCCCAAGCAGCUCACGCAGCGUGAAGGGCUGCAGCUCGGUGCCAGGUGGCACUUGCAGCACCGAAAGAAGUAGUGGUAGGUCUUGCUGGGGCCCGCCGGACUGUGUAGUGCAUAUGUAGCCAAAGAGUGUGGGUCGUGGGGCUCUUGUUCAUCUGCGCGUCUGCCUCAGAAGUUCCUCUCCGGAAUGGUCGGGAGGGAGGGCGACGCCUGAACACAGGGGCACUAGUUCAACACGUGCGCUCUCACGAGUUGUGGUUGUGGCUUGGAAUUGGAUAUCUGGGAGUAGCCUCGGGUGGAAAGGAAGGCACGACUCGGCUACGGGCACUAGCUUGCUUGGCCUGGUGUGCUCGGCUUACAACUCCCCAGGCGUGUUUUUGCCCCCGGAGCAAGUCUUUUUCGAGGUGGCUCUCAGGUCAAGAAUUCUCUUGGUGAAUUUUGAGGCUUUUUGUUUUUGCGACACUUUUUUGAAGCCCCCAAACCCGGAGUUUCUCACGCGCUAGCGAAUUUUGAAAAGGAGCCGGAGGCCAAAAUUCACCGGCGCCCUUUUCAAAAUUCACCCCAAAAUUCACCGGGCGCCCAUUUUCGACCGUGAUAAGCAAACUUUAGCGCAGAAAAGUGCUCAAAAAAGUGCACAGAUAGGCCAUGAGAAGGAACGCAAAGGGGGAAAAAGCGUAGUCCUCUGCUGCCCUAAGCCCGCCUGUAUUCUGCUGAAAAUGCCGCAAGAUUUCACGCGCCUGCCGGGAAAAUGCGUCAAAGCUCUCGGCCGGGUCCUUUCGUCCUUGCCUGCCUUCUUGCUUAGUUGUAUGCGCUUCGCAGCCUUUAUUUCUGGCGUCUUUGCCGCGGCUGCUGCAGUGCUCUUCUGCGAGAACCCGGAGGCGCAAAAACCUGCCCAAAGAACGGCGCCCGGGCCAUGUCCUCUGGCUGCCCACUGCACAAAAGCCCGCGGCUGCUGUGCGGUGCAGGGCCUUCUACUUCCCAGAACAGGGCCAAGAGGGACAAUGUCCCGGCGGGCUCAACUGCAAUUUGGCAUGCAAAAUUCACUACAAAUUCACCACUUCUCAUGCUAACGGGUGACAACAUGAUCAGAACAACACCGGUCGUAGUUCCUUCCGGUGGCUCACGACAAACUUCGCGACAAGUGGCGGUCGCAGCAGCGGUGGUGGUGGCUCGUCUUCAUCAACGUCUUCUUCUGGUUCCUACCACAAAGAUCAUAACCCGGUGCAGCACCACUUGAAAAUGAUCAAACACACCUCUUUCGCGAUUCACCAGGAGAGUUUGCAAGUCCUCCUGCACAGCGUAAGAACUGCAACUGGGAAAGCAAAAAAUGCCAAAACACGACUUGGCAAGACCUCCUUCAACCCACUGUGGCCCGGAGCGACUUUCAAGGAUCAACAACUCUACUCCGCCGGACAGCGCAACCGGUCGGAAACCUCCACGGGCCUACUGGCCUAUGAACAGCAAAAGUAUCGUACUCGUAUAAAUGCAUUACAGAUUUCCUCAGCAUGAGAGAGAAAAUUUGUAAUGCUGAUUUACUUUCAGAAAAAGAUUUGUAAUGCAUGACUGCAAAAAUACGAGUACGAUGCUUUUGCACUUCAUAUCGCCGGCAUGAACGCCUGGCCCGCGGAGAAGGACGAUGCCAACCGGAUUACCAGCACGGCGAAGCACUUGGUUAUGAACUGCAAAAGUAUCGUACUAAGAUGAAUUGCAAUACAAAUUGGCUCAGCAUUACAAAUUGAAUUUGUAAUGCGGAUUUAUCUUAACAACAUAGAUUUGUAAUGCAUAACUGCAAUUAGGACGAGUAUGUACAAUACUGUUGCAGUGCAUAUUGGAGCCCGGGCCGGAAUCCUGUGAGUACGUGAAAGCGACCUCGAACGGCCUAGACACCACGGCGGCCGGGUCCCCCGAAGGGACCGCGAAUUUAACAAACGACUUUGUGAACAAGAACGGCCUAAACACCCUGCGCGCCGAGGCGAUCAAAUUUGAAAUGAAAAAGUCGGGCUCGAGCUGCACCCCCGGAAACUACCGGUGUUGCACGAACCUGAAGAUGCAAUCCCGGGCGGACCCGAAUUUGUUCCGCGAGGGGCAGUAUGUCAAUUGCAAAAGAGUAUCGUACUCGUAUAAAUGCAUUACAAACUUCCUCAGCAUGAGAAACGCUGAUUAGCCUUAAGAAAAAGAUUUGUGAUGCAUGAUUGCAAUACGAGCAAUUUUUGCGAUGCAUAGUCCGUACGUCUUCAUCCGGUCGGACUCCGGGGAAGAGGACGGCGACGCCUUGAUGGCUAGGGUGAAGCGAUUCGAGCCGGUGACUAUGCAAUACAAAUUUCCCGCACAUGCACAAGAUGCAUCACAAAUUUCACCAAUCAGGAGCGGAAAACUUGUCAUGCUAUUAACUAGGAUCGAAGCCAAGUUUUGUCAUGUAGAGACCUCCGCGUUUGUACGUCCACGUCGUGUACGGGAAAUUAUUUCCUGUGGAUAGUGACACAGGGGUGGGUGGUGCAGCCGUUGCGGCCAAGAAGAGGUUCUCUCUUAUGCAUUGCAAAAAUGUCUUGGUCUGGAAAAGUGGAACUUGUGUUGCAUGUCUUGCAUCCCUGAAGAAUCUGUAUUGCACAGCCAGCAAGAAAGGCGGUACUUUUUCGUCUUGUAAAAACGCAGUUUGUCAUGCGUGCUACGCAUCAGACGGCGUCAAGUAUACUUGUCGUGCUGGGCUGCACUUGAGAGCGCCAGUCUUAUCCAUACUUUAGCAUCACAAAUUUCCAGACCCAGACAUAUUUGCAUUUGAUAUCUCUCUCCGAAAGACGAUCUGCAGACGGUGAAUUCCGUGCAAGUAAGGUGUCAGCUAUGAGAGUGCACAACCCCUCCUCCGCCUCAUUUGUAUAGCAUGAACGGCAAUACAACCACAAGCAAGAAUGCCGGUUUCGCAUGACAAAUUUGAACUGGAUCAUUGUAGUGCUACUUGGGCUGCCAUAACUUGUCAUGCAAACAGUGCCAAGAGGCAAGGCCACCUAAAUUAGGUAUUUUGCAUGACAAAUGAGGGGGAGGGGGAGUUGUGCACUCUGAUAGCAGCGGUCUGCAGAAAAUCCGGAGGGGAAGAAGGAUUUGGUCGUAUCCUGUGCAAAAGUACUUAUCGUACUCGUACUACUUGCAAAUAUGCAUGACAAGUGUUUUUCUCACGGUAAAACAGCAUUACAAAUUGUCUUGCUGAGCGAAUUUCUGAUGCAGUCGUACGAAGAUACUUUUGCAAUUCAUAGGUCGAUGCCGGCGACUACAAGAGCUACUGGAGCGGCAUGGAGCCCAUCGCGGUGGAAUCAAAAAUCCCGGAACGGUGUCGCGGGGACGAAAAGACCUACAAGUGCGAGUUAUUCGACAAGGAGUGCCGGGUCAUGCCGGGAACCCCAAGCGAGGCUGAAACGCUGAACGCCCAUGGAUAUGGAUUGCAAAAAUGUCUGGGUCUGGAAAAGUGCAAGGUUUGUCAUGCUAGGCUAGCAAGACUCUUAAGUCUGUCAUGCGCGUUACCGAAAGGCCUUAUUUUUCUGUGAUGCAAAAACGCAGUUUGUCAUGCAGAAUAGGCAACACUUAGCAGCUCAGAAACUUGUCAUGCUGAGCCAUCAUUUGUGGCCUCCACAUUCUAAGUCUUGCAGCAUUACAAGUUUCCAGACCCAGACAUUUUUGCAUUUGAUAAUGGAAGCGACGACGAACCGGAAAGACCGCCGCCGUUACCGCCAACCAUGGACCAAAACAGCCACAUCGAGAUGAAAGACGAAAACUUCGUGUCCGAAAACACCCCGGGGAUCACGUGUAAACAACGGCUAGAGGCUUGUCAGUACAACUACAGCUUCCACGCUUCUAACCAGAACGAGACGGGGUGGACGCCGCCUUUGGGCUACCAGCCCGGGAUGAACCGGGAAAAACCACUUGGCCGGGCGCACGAUUUACGACGAAGAAAAAUUCCCCCUCCCCGUAUCAUUAUCAAAACGGAAAUCUGUGAUGCAGAUUUGUGGUCACAAAUCAGCUUUGUCAUGCUAGAAGGAUAGUAGAGAUGCGGGCUGUAGUUCUGGAUGGCGUGGGAAGGCCUUGCGUCGUCAGCAUGACAGGAGCCAGCUGGAAGUGGGAAACAGCAUGACAAAUUGCCUGCACCAAACGAGGCCACGACUUCUGCGGCUCUUGGCCUUCUAGCAAUGCAAGGCGAUUUGUGUACUCAAAUACAGCAUCACAAAUUUCGUCUUCGAUAUGGGGAGGGGGGAUUUUUCCUUUUGAUACGAUGCGAAAAGCAGGAAGCUGCUGCUCGGGGAAGCGAUUGACGAGUACAUGUUUCACUACCCGUAUCUUACAAAAAAACUGUCUCAGUCUCAAACCUUUGCAGACUCAGCAACACAAAUUUGCGAAGCAAGAAACAAAAAAUCUCUGAUGCUUCAAACAACAAGGGAAAACACAUUCAUACAUAGGAAAGAUCGAUCUUUCUUGCAUCUCAAGCAUGACAAAAAACAGUCUCAAGGAAGUUGCGCAUUACAAGUUCUUGAGACUGAGACACUUUUUUCUCACGAUAACCCGGACCCGAAGGGCUUUUUGGGCAACCAGCUGGUCGAACGGUUAAAAAUCGGGCAGAUGCCCGGGGAAGGCCUGGUGGCGCACUAUCCAAGGAAAAAACUGUGUAGGUAUAAUUUUCUUGGAGGAAUAGCAUCACAAGUUUGCUCUGCAUGACACAGAAAUAAACCUGUCAUGCGUAGCUAGUACGUGAAAACACGACGUACGAAAAGAGCCUCUGAUGCACGUCCAGCAUGACAAGUGUAACAGUUUUGGAUUUUCUGCGUCACAGACCUACGCUCACAUAGUUUUUUUCUUGCAUACGCACGUGUCCGGGUUUAACAACGAAACCGGGAAGUACAAAAUCGUCCCGGUCGGGAAUCCAGCGCUCGACGCGGAAAACGAAAAUUCCGUGAUCGGCAAGGAAAUAUGUCAGUGCACGACUCCCCCUCCCCCCUCUUUUGUCACGCAAAAGUCCAAAUCCAAGUGCUUUCCGGUGGCACUGUUUGCAUGACAGAUUCAGGAAGCGGCCCAAACAGAACUACACUAUCACUAGGCGCAUGAGCUUGUCAUGCACACGCUCCACGUGUGCUAGUAUUUGUAUUGCUGUUCAUGCAAUUAUAGUACAAACGAGGGGGAGGGGGGGGGUUGUGCGGUCUCAUAGGAAAUCGAAGCCGCACGGAACGACCCGGAUACCGGCGAAAAAUUGGAGCCGGUCGAUGGCUAUCAACUGCAAAUAUCGAUCUGGGUCUGGAAACUUGUGAUGCAUGUCACUGAAUAGUAACCACACUGUAAUGCACCGCCAAGCAUGACAGCUUUUCUCGGGGCUUUGUGUUGCGUAUUUCGGAUGAGAAACAUCGUUUUUGCAUGACAGACAAGAGGAGGUGUUCCGAUGGCCCGACGCAAUACAGAGUUCUUCAGAGUCACAUGCCAAACUAGCAUGAGAAAUCUCGCAAUCUUCCGGAGGACCCAGAUCGCUAUUUGCGAUGCAUAACGGCGUGUACGUUCGGUGUCACCGACAGGAUUUCGGCUCCUUCUGGGACUGGGCCGACAACAACAUCCCGGAUGUAUGCACUGCAAAAGUAUCGUACUCGUAUUGCAGUCAUGCAUUACAAAUCUUUUUAUUAAGGUAAAUCAGCAUUACUACAAAAUUUAUUUCCCAUGCUGAGGAAAUUUGUAAUGCAUUUAUACGAGUGCGAUACGUUUGCAAUGCAUAGGAUGACAAGGGCGACUAUACCGCAAUCUACGGAGCUAACAACCAGAAAGCAACGAAUUCUAUGCUCUGCAAAAGUAUCGUACUAGUACAAACUGCAUUACGAUAACGAUUACAAAUUUGGUCAGCAUGAGAAAUGGAAUUUGUCAAGCUGUUUAACCUUGGGAUGGAGAUUUUUGAUGCAUGAGUGCGAUAAUUACUACGAGUACGAUACUUUUGCACAGGAUAAAUUCCUGGUGGCCGGCCCCCAUCCGGAAGAGCGACGACUUGCCGGCCGAGUGCAACUACCGGCGGGGCAACGACUACUACCCGAUGUGGAUGGAGUUCAGUAACGUUCCCUAUGAGCUCCGCAACCACCAUAUUACAAUGAAAAAUGCCCCCUCCCCAUAUCAAUACGGAAAUCUGUGAUGCAGAUUUGUGGUCACAAAUCAGCUUUGUGAUGCUAGAAGGCAAAAGAUGCGGACUGUAGUGCUGUCUAGCGUGGGAGUAAACCUAUGCAGCUCCAGGAUGACAAAAGGCAACUAGACAAGCGGGAAACAGCAUGACAGAUUGCCUGCGAUUUAGGCCGCAGCUUCGUCUCUUGGCCUUCUAGCAAUACAAGUUGAUUUGUGUACUCAAAUGCAGCAUCACAAAUUCGCGCAUCUUCCGUUUCCGAUAUGGGGUGGGGGCUUUUUCCACUUUGAUACGCCACACCAUCUGGAAGGGCAAGGCCCGCGACGCGGGAGGCAAUCCUAUUCUGAGGAAAAAUCCCCCCUCCCCAUAUCGAAAAGGUGUGCUUCCGAAAAUUUGUGUUGCUGAUUUGACGUCACAAAUCACGUCUGUCUUGCAACAAGACAAGCGCAGAGGCUUCCGCACCAUUAUGGAAGCGAUUUGGCAUGCUGUUGCGCCUAGAGGGCACCCUUUUGCAAUGCUAAGCAGCUAGACCUAUACGCCCCUACCUAGGCCGAGGAUCUGGCUGCGAUGCCUUACUGCAAGACAAAUCCGAUUUGUGUACCCAAAUCCUGCAUCACAGAUUUCCAUUUCGAUAUGGGGAGGGGAGAUUUUUCCUUUUGAUAAAUCCGGGGCAUUGGUUUCCCGAAGAGCGGCCGGGAGACCAGAAUGGCUUGGGUACGGGGAAGUGGAAACUGCCCAUGCCCGGUAUCAAAGUGAAAAAAGCCCCUAAGAACCCAUACUCAAAAGACAAUUUGUGUUGCUGGAUUUGUGUACACAAAUGAACUUUGUAUUGCAGCCAGAGCUUGUGCUUGUCGGCAUAUUCUAAGCCCAUUUCAUCUUGGGCACGCAUCCGGCUAGCAGGUGCGCAUGAGAAACAAGUCUGACAGAGCAGGCGAAAACGCAUGACAGACUGGAUGCACAUCAAUGCGCCACAUGGGUGCCGUUUGCAUUGUACAACGCAAGACAAAGCUGAUUUGUGGUCACAAAUCAGCAUCACAAAUUUUCUUUUCGAUAUGGGGAGGGAAAUAAAUUUUUCCUUACGAUACCCGGGGUGGACAUGCCGAACUGGGUCUGGAAGACGGACAAACAGCGGAAAGACAUGAACCUGAACUGGAAAAAACUUCUCGUCGACGCGGCCCUGGUGCGCGUGCGACACUGGUAUCAUAAGGACCGGGAGUAUGUCCGCGACCAGCACGUGUCCGCGGAGUAUGCAUUGCAAAAGUAUCGUACUCGUAUAAAUGCAUCACAAAUUUCAUCAGCAUGAGAAAUAAAAUUUGUAAUGCUGAUUUGCCUUAACAAGAUGAUUUGUGAUGCAUGACCGCAAUACGAGCACGAUACUUUUGCACAGGAUACGGAGAAAUACGAAGGAAAAAUUUUGGGCACGAUGGACCGAAAAUUAUGCAAGAAAAAAACAUUGUUACGUGUAACUUUGUGAUGCGCAUCAACAUGCAUAUGCAAGAUGAUUGCAUCUGUCAUGCUGGGCAUGCGUUGCAAGGUCCAUUCAGGAGCGUUUUCACGUACCAUCUGCGCAUGACAGGCUUUUGCUGUAAUGCAAGACAGAUUUGUCAUGCUGUUCCCCCAAGAUCAGAGUUACACCUACAAUCUUUUUUUCUUGGAUAGAAAUUACCGCUGGAACAGUGGGGAGACACGGAAAUGGUAUAGUGAGUAGGAUCAUUUUUAUUUGUAGUAAGUUGAAGUUGAUACUAGCUCGUAGUUACUUCCUGUUCCGGUUGCUGUUCUAUUGGUGUGAGGCAGAUUUAAGAGGUUGCUUUCUUGUUCGUCAUAAGAAAGUCAACUACUACCAAGCAUGGCACCUCAUUGUAGCAUGCCGGUACUAGUAGUACCGCUUAGGAGAAAAAACAUCAACAUAUAUCAUAAACGUCUCUCCCGCUCUACACCUACAGUAUGACCUCCAACACUUCCGACCGGGGCCGCAACCCGAACUCACCAUUCCGGCCCGCAACCUGCGCGCCAUCGAGGGCGGACUGCGGAUAACCUGCGGCGACAACAGCGAAUGGGGAGAUCGGGAGGGCAUCGUGACCUCGUGGCGGCAGGUGCCGGAAAUUUGCAAGAAGAACUUCAAGUGGAAGGUGCAGCUGUGGGGCAAUCUGGACGACGAUACUUCGGUUGCGGAAAAGCCGUAUCAACCGCAACUACGUCUGGGUCUGGAAGCUUGUGAUGCUCAAGUAUGCAUGAGUCAGGCGCUUUCAAGUGCAGCCAAGCAUGACAAGUUUAGUUGACCACGCCGUCUGACGCGUAGCGCGCAUGACAAACCGCGUUCUACUUCUUGCAUCACAAAAAAAUGGUGCCUUUGCUGGCUAUGCAACACAGAUUUGUUUUCAGGAAUGCAAGACAUGCAACACAGGUUCCACUUUUAUUCCAGAGCCAGACAUAUUUGCGAUGCAUAAGCCGGCAAACUGGAAUCGGGAGCAGAAGGAGUACCGAAAAUUCAUCGAGUCUGUCCUCGCGAAUCAGGCUAUGGCCUGGCCGGCACCGCAGUCCAACAUGCUCCAAGUCGACGCGAUGUCGGAGUUAUGAGAGUGCACAACCCCCCCCCCUCCCCCUCAUUAAUAUUUACAUUGCUUGACUUCCGGGUUCUGGUCCCGCCUACCCCCCGGCGACAGGUGACCUUGACAGGUGACCUUGACAGGUGACCUUGACAGGUGACCUUGACAGGUGACCUUGACAGGUGAUCGUGACAGGUUACCGUGACAGGUGACCUUGACAGGUGACCUGGACAGGUGACCUGGACAGGUGGCCGCGACAGGCGAAGCGUGAGGAUAAAGCAAAGGCGAGGCCAGCGCCUGGGCGCAAAUAUUUAUUUUUCACGCCAAAUGCCGCUCUUGACGUGAAAAAUAAAUUAAAAGCGCCAAAAAAAAAAAACGACGCAAAAAUUGAAAAAGAUUAAAGCUGUAACACAAACUGCCUCCAUAAGCAAAGAAGUCUUUGCGUUCGCGUUGCCAUGCAAAAAUAAAAAAGCGGCUAUCUCUGCAAUGCACGGCCAGGAAACAGCUGCUCUCUUUGCUCUGUGGAACCGGAAAGGCGUUGCGCUUCAAUAUUAGAGAACUUUUUUGCAGAAGCCACACAGAGAUAUUCACUUUGCUUCUAUUUUUGUUUUUUCUUGCAAAAUGCAGGGCGCCUAAUUCGCCCUUUUUCCACUAGCGCUUCGCGCACUGAGCCACUACGCGCGCGCCUGGUGUGAGGCGAGGGGCGGACGCUGUCCGCCCCGAUGCCGAACACCCUUCCCCCACUAGCGCCACUAGGGACGAGCACAAGGCCCCAGCGUGGGGACCCUGUCCCCACGCUCGGGUGGGCCUUGUUUGUCAUGCAAAAUACUUAGCUUACGCCUUGCCUCUUGGCACUGUCUGCAUGACAAGUUCUGGCAGCUGCCCAAAUAGCACUACACUCCUGUCCACAUUUGUCAUGCGAAACCUGCAUUCUUGCUGACGCUUGUAUUGCUGUUCAUACGAUACUAAAAAUGAGAAGAACGGGGAGUUGUGCACUUUCAUACGAGUUCGAGUGCUCGAAGAAAUGCUGUGGAAAUCGGUUCUGCAAGUCGUUUUCCUAUUUGAAAAACAAAACGAGGAAGAACAACUGCUUUAUCAAGUGUAAAAAUGUCUGGGUCUGCAAGAGUGGAAGAUUUGCGAUGCAGGUUUUCCAUGACUCAUGAGGUCUGUAAUGCAUGGUCUAGCAUCACAGAUUUUGAGAGGGCUUCCUCGUGCCUGUUCCGCAUGAGAAAUGCCCUCUCGCCGUGGCAAAAACUGGACUCCUCUCGCCGGUCAUGCAUUACAGGUUUUUUUUUGAAUCCGAAGACAGCAUUACAAGUUGCAAUCUUCCAGACCCAGACAUUUUUACAUUUGAUACGCUUGCUUUUCAAGCAACUCGACGCGGCGGUCAUUUCCACGAAAGCUAUGCAUUGCAAAAGUAUCGUACUAGUAGAAAUGGCAUGACAAAUUUGAAUAGCAUGACAAAUGAAAUUUGUAAUGCAGAUUUACCUUAGGAAGCAGAUUUGUAUUGCAUGAUUGCAACUGGUACGAGUACGAUACUUUUGCAAAGCAUAAAAGCGACGGAGCUGCGAAACACCCCCUGCGGUAAGGAGGUCUCGCACAUGCAGUUUUGCCGGCAGACCGAAAAAUACUGCAGCUACUUUGCCGACCCGAACGUCUCGCCGAUUUUUUCGAAAGUGGAUGAAGCCUCCCCGUUGACCACGCUAAGCGGAGAUAUGAAAUGCAAAAAUACCUGGGUCUGGAGACUUGUGAUGCUGGGUGGCGUAUCAUGAGGAGGCCACAAGUGCUGGCGCAGCAUGACAAGUUUCUGAGCUUCUAGGUGUUGCCCACUCUGCAUGACAGACUGCGUUUCUGCACGACAGAAAAAUGGGUAGGUGGCUACCGUUUGAAGUUUAUAAACGAAUGGGACGCCCUGCCCUUAGCCUUCCAACAUGACAGAAAAAUGGGGCUGCUCUUGGGUAACGUGCAUGACAGAUUUAUUAAGAGUCAUGCCAGACAAGCAUGACAAACGUGCACUCUUCCAGACCCAGACAUUUUUGCAUUUGAUAGGAGAGAACGUGAAACAAGCGGCCGCGCCGAAGUGUCAGCAGUGUCCCGAUUUCAAGAACGGAGAAACCUGUGCGUCCAUAUGAGAGUGCACAACUCCCCCUCCCCCUCAUUUGUAUGGCAUGAUCAGCAUUACAACAACCAGCGCACGUAGGGCCUGCGCAUGACAAGUUCAAGCUCACGCGCGUACUAGUGCAGUACUGUUUGGGCUUCCCGAAAAAUCUGUCAUGCAAACAGUGCCACAAUCUGGCGCUUGGAUUUGGUCACUUGCAUUACAAAUGAGGGGGAGGGGGAGUUGGGCAAUCUCAUACUCCAUGGUGCAGAAGCAGAAGGAGGCCGGGAUGUUCGACGUGAAUAUUUCGAAGAGGAUACUGUGAGGAAAACCGUUCCCACCUUAGAGCCAAGAUGGAGAUUUUGCAACACAAACCUAAAGAGUUUUGCGAGCCACGCAUGACAAGUUCAAGUUGGAGGCUGUAUUGUAGUGCAGUUUAGCUGGUGCAACGGAAUCUUCCGCAUAACAAAUCCACCUCCUUAUAAUCCUGUCUACAGCAUUACAAGUUUCAUCAAAACACGAUUGGAAGGGCCUCUCUACUUGGGGAUGCGCAUCACAAAUGCUCCUCUGCUUGCCAAUCUGCAUGACAACUACUCUGGUGUGGGAACAUUUUUCCUCAGGAUGGAGGAACGGGCAGAGCGCCGACAUCGACGAGCAAGCCCGGGACAUGCUGAUCUCCGAGUCCAGUGCGAACUGCAACAUCAAUUGCCAGUUCGAUCCGCGGCCGUGGAAAACGUGCAAACUCGACACGGUGGAUAUCCAGAGGAAAUUUCCCGUACACGUACAAAUCAGGUCUCUGCAUGACAAAGCUUGUCUUCCAUCCUACUUAGCAUGACAAGUGGCAUGCUCUAAGUUGGCAAAAUUUGUGAUGCAUUUUGUACAUGUGCGGGACAUUUCCUGUGGAUAGUGGACGCUACCUACGAAAAAGACCCACUACCCGUCGUGUACGCGAGCGUCCGCCUCCGGCCCAGGAUCAGAGAGUUAUCAAAUGUAAAAAUGUCUGGAAGAAUCCGAAUUUUGUUAUGCUGUUUUUGCAUGACACAGAAUGUCUGUCAUGGAAGCCCUAGCAUCACAGAUUUUUAGAGGCCUUCCUGAUGCCUAUUCCGCACGACAAAUGCCCUCCACGCGUAGCACAAACCGGACUCCUCUUGCUGGUCAUGCAAUACAGAAUUUUUGUAGAGUCCAAAAAUAGCAUCACAAGUUUCAACCUUCCAGAUCCAGACACUUUUGCAAUCCAUAAGAGUGGGUGCCAGACGAUUGCUGUGGCGGUGAGUGGGUGUGGAACUGGAAUCAGCACGGCCUAUGCAUUGCAAAAGCAUCGUACUAGUAUAAAUUGCAAUACAAGUUUCCUUAGCAUGAGAAAUAGAAUAUGUCAUGCGGAUUUGCCUAAAUAAAAAGAUUUGGAAUGCAAGACUUGCAUUUAUACGAGUGCGAUGCUUUUGCACAGCAUACGGGCCCUGGACCGACUACCAACCCAUCCGGGACAUCUCGGACUUUGCGAAGUCGCGGUUCAAAUUAUCAAAAGGAAAAAUCCCCCGUCGCCAUGUCGAAACGAAGUCUGUAAUGCUGGAUUUGCGUACACAAAUCACAUUGGUCUUGCUGGAGAAGAUGACUGUAAGUCCAUAUCAAGUCGGAGUAGAGCGGUCAUGGCCUAGGCACUUAGCAUGAGAGACGUCUGCGCUGUAGGCCCAACAGCAUCACAGACCGCCUGCAUAAUGCGGCGGCUGUCUGUGGAAUUGCCUUCUUGCAAGAUGACUGAGGCGAUUUGUGGUCGCGAAUCAGCAUUGCAAAUUUUCUGCUCCGUAGCUUUUUGAUAUGGGGAGGCGGGGUCUUUCCUCGCGAUACAAAUUUCAGGGCAGCGAAGCGGAGCAGUCUAUCACUAUUAAAGGAAAGGAUAGAGACACCAAGAUGCGGCUGGGCCGGUCCAAACCCACGGAGGGGUUUGGUUCUUCCUGGGAAAAGGUCCUAUCCCAGAAAAAAAGAUUGUAGCUGUAACUUUUUUGGCUGAUUAGCAUUACAAACCUGUCUGGCAUGACAGCAGAAACCUGUCAUGCGCAGAUAGCAUGUCAAAACGCGCUUGAAUGAGAAUGAACCUUGCAAUGCAUGUCCAGCAUGACAGACGCAAUCAUCUUACGUGUUGCGCAUCACAAACUUACACUAACAAUGUUUUUUUCCUGCAUAGGUGCCCGUAAGCGACGAAUACCCGGACGGGUGGCGGUACCGCGGGAAGGUCGGGGAGAUGUUUAUCAAAGUGAAAAAUCCCCCCUCCCCAUAUCGAAAAGGAUCGCCUCAGAGAAUUUGUGAUGCUGAUUUGUGACCACAAAUCAUGUCUGUCUUGCAAGAGAGCGACGGCAUGGGCUCCGCCCUAUUAUGCAGGCGGUUUGUAAUGCUGUUGGUCCUACACCAUAGACGUGCCCCAUGCUAAGCGCCUAGGCCAGAACCUCUCUCCAUUGGCGUGGUAUGGGCCUGCAGUCCUCUACUGCAAGACCAAUCUGAUUUGUGUACGCAAAUCCAGCAUUAGAAAUCUCGUUUUGAUAUGGGAUGGGGGCUUUUUUCACUUUGAUAAUGUUGUUUCCGCGGCCCUCCAAAAAUAUGGCGGUAGACCUGCAGUUUAUGGUCAAGAACUCCGACGGCCACAAGAUAUCCUGUGCAAAAGUAUCGUACUCGUAUUGCAAUCAUGCAUUGCAAAUAUUUUUCCUAAGGUAAACCAGCAUUACAAAUUUUAUUUCUCAUGCUGAGGAAAUCGAAAUUUGUAAUGCAUUUAUACAAGUACGAUGCUUUUGCACUGCAUACAAGACCACCGUGAAAAAUAUCGUGGUGCCGGGGCGCAACGAGAAGCUGCAGCAGAGGUUUUUGCCGUUUUUCCCCACCGACUACUUCAAAAAAGUCCAAGACAUCUAUGACAGUGCACAACUCCAACCCCCCCCCCUCAUUUGUAUGGCAUGAACAGCAAUAUAACCACCAGCACACAUGGAGCCUGUGCAUGACAAAUUCAUGUGCCUAAUGUAGUACUAUUUGGGCUUCCGGAAUUUGUCAUGCAAACAGUGCCACAAGGCAGCGAGAGCGACUGGAUUUGGGAUUUUGCGUGACAAAUGAGGGGGAGGGGGAGUUGUGCACUGUCAUAAUAUCGGCGGGGUGCGGAAAGUCAUCCAGAAAGCGUGGCGGAUGAAGAACGAGAUCAACCCGGUAUCCUAUGUAAAAACGUCCCCACAACUUCCGCCCCAGAGUUGUCAUGCAGAUUUGCAAUGACAGGAACAUUUGUGAUGCGCAUACCCAUGAUAGUCAUCUCAUUGCCAUUUCCAAUUGUGUUUUGAAAUUUGUAAUGUUGUAAACAGGAUGAGUAGAUAGCUUUGUGAUGCGGCUGUCCUUGCUAACCUGAACUACACCACGGACUGUAGCGCGUCAUGCGUGACUCCCAAAACUUCUGGAUUUGUGUUGCGCACUGCCCAAAAAUCAGUGACUCCGGGACGAAGGUGGGGACCACGUUUUUCCACAGGAUACCCGGACCGUGGAAUUUUUCGGAACGCCAUUGUGGAAUUCGUGAACCGGAAGAAGAUACGCAUGGCAAAAGCAUCGCAAUCAUAGUGGGAACAAUUGCAUUACAAAUUUGCGCAGCAUGAAGAAUUGAAUUUCUCAUGCGGAUUCGCGCACAAAGAUAGAUCUGUCAUGCGUGCUUGCAAUUGAUUCCACCUGUCCUGAAUGCGAUGCUUUUGCACAGGAUAGAAGGCCAAGGUGCUCUACUGGGACCCGGUCCACGAGGAGGCCGUCUUGCAGGACUUGGCUACCUAUGGAUUGCAAAUACAGAAUUUGUGUUGCUGAAGCGCGCAUCGCAGAAGGUGUCCGCUUGUACGGCAUGAUAACAGCAUGAGAAAUUUUGCGAGGCUUAGGUUUGCAGAUUCACUCCUCGUGAUAAAACGCAUGACAAAGAACUUCACAGCAUGACAAAAAAAACUAGCGACUCGUAUUCACGCAUCACAGAUCUUGUAGUCCUUCAAAGCUCGCAUGACAAAGACCGUCGAUAUUUGCAACGCAUACUACCUCGCGCGUGUUCUACCAGCAGCGACCGGAGGUGCACUUUCACGCCCCGAGGGCUAAGGACAACUACACCUGCCACGAGGGGAUCCGCGUGCAGACGCGGUUAUGCACUGCAAAUAUGUCUGGGUUUGGAAGGAUGCAGCUUGUCAUGCUAAAUUUGGAUCAUGCAAAAAUUUGUGUUGCAUGAUUACCAAAAACUGUCCAUUUUUGACCAAGUUGGGAGUGAGUUUCUCUUUCUCAUGCAGGAUAGGCAUGAUACAGAUCAUCUCACAGAAUCUGUCAUGCUAGAUCCUGCAUUGCAGACCUCAUGUGUCAUGUGGAACCUGCAUGAGAAGUCUUGUAUUCUUCCACACCCAGACAUAUUUGUACUUGAUACCGGUUGCACGAGAUCAAAACCGUGACCGCGCCGUCGCAGGAGGAGUGCGCGGUGCAGUGUGUAUCCUGUGCAAAAGUACCGUACUCGUAUAAGGAAUGCCAGACUAGCAUGACAAAUCUGGUUUCUUAGGUAAUUUAGCAUGACAAAUUAUUAAUUAUUAAUUUUUCAUGCUGAGCUAAUUUGUAAUGCAGUUUAUACUAGUACGAUGCUUUAGCUUUUGCAGUGCAUAGUGUGACAAGCAGACCAACUGCGAGAGUUUUGACUUUUUCAAAGGCGAGGAAAAGUGGCGAACGUCGAAGCAAAUGAACUGUCAUCUCUACUCGAAGAACGGGCACACGAAAGAGCUGCUCUUGCGGGACAGGUAUCAAGUGCAAACGUGCAGCCUGGGUCUGGAGGAAAACUGUGAUGCCGGUUUGUUAAUGGUAGGCGCACUGCAACUUCUAUACGCGGCGAAGCAUGACAAAAUUUUCAAAAUCCUAUCACACCCAGAUCCAUGUUUGCAAUGCAUAACAGGCAGGGGUUGCGGAAGGAAAAAAUCCAUUUUGGAAGACGCAAGGCGGACAUUAACAUGGACUUGGAAAAUAUCAAACAAAAAAAGUUCGUCACGAUCAUUCAUGCGCAUUUUUGCAAUACAAAACUUUCUGUCAUGCGUAAAAAUGCAUCACAGCCAAGCUUCGCGAGGGAUCUCCCUAGCGUUUGUGCAAGACAAGGACAAGCUUUGAUGCUAAAAGUUUUUGUAAUGCAAAACCUGCAAGUUAGUGACAUGACUGUGACAAACUUUUUUCUCUUCAUAGAAAAGGUGCUGCCAAACUACAAGCAGAGCAAGCACAGCAACGAGUAUUCCCGGAUGGGAAUUUAGGCAAAGAAAAAACUGUUUCACUGUCAACUUGUAAUGCAGAAAAUGCAUCUUAGAAGUGUUUGUCUUGCUACACAUGCAAGACACUGGAUUUUUAGCUGUGUUUUCCCAUUGGAACCUCGCAUGGCAAAUUGUCUCUGUCAUGCGGAACAAACUUGUGAUGCGAAACUUGCAAAAUCCUUACAGUGAAACACUUUUAUCCUGUGAUAGAAUUCCGUUCCUCGAAGCACCUCUGAAGCCCGACAAAGAGCAGGAGAAGACUUUCAUUUUCCAAAUCCCGUGCGUAUAAACUGCAAAGGUAUCGUACUAGUAUAAAUUGCAAUUAUACAAAUUAGCUCAGCAGUACAAAUUGAAUUUGUAAUGCGGAUUUCACUUAAGAAAAAGAUUUGUAAAUGCAUAAAAGCAAUUAGUACGAGUACGAUACUUUUGCACUGGAUAGUGCGAGGCGUGCAUCAACUCCUGGGCCCGACACGGCAUGGCGGUCACGGAAACCAAGGAUUUCAACCAGGAUAUCGCAAGGGAAAAUCCCGCCUCCCCAUAUCGAAAAGGUAUGUCUCAGAAAAUUUGUAAUGCUGAUUUGUGACCACAGAUCGUCUCUGUCUUGCAAGAACGCGGUCGGUUUGUAAUGCUGUUUGCCCUACAGCCUAGACGUUUGCCAUGGUCAGCGACUAGCCCAAAACAUCUCGUCUGCUCACUCUUACUAUAGGCAUGCAGUCCUCUCAAGCAAGACAAAUCUGACUUGUGUACGCAAGUCCAGCAUUGGAAGCCUCGUUUUGUUGAUAUGGGGAGGAGGGACUUUUCCUUUUGAUACAAGACCUGGACCCCGACAGCGCCGGCGAUUUUUCCAAAAGCGUCCACAUGGGCACCGGCGCCACCAGGGGACUGAACGGCGCGCGAGACCGGCUGUGGUGCAGAAACGGGAACGGUGCCUUGGUCAAUAACCGAUGCUCGGUGCAGGAGCUGGGGCACGCACGGCGGUAUCGAAUGCAAAUGUAUGUCUGCUGGGUCUGCUGGUGAAGACUGUUGCAACUUGUGAUGUGCUACCUUUGGACUGUUCUAUUAGAACAGUCCAAAGGUAAUUUUUAUCAAAUAAAAAUCUGUAUCGCCUGAGCAGAAAGAAGAACAGUCCAGUUUUUGCUACGUGGACGACGAGGAGCAUUUCUCAUGCCCGGAUGGACAUCAAGGCGGCUUCUUCAAAACGUCUGUGAUGCUGGGGCCUACGUUACAGAUCGAUCAUGCGUCAUGCAAGAUGUGCAUGGCAAUAAACGUAAACCUUGUAUCCUUCGUGCAGACGCAGAUCCAGACACAAUUUGCACUGCAUAGGGGGAACCGGCAGGCAAAAUGGUAUACGAAGGGCACGUAUCAACUGCAAAAAUGUCUGGGUCUGGAAACUUGUAAUGCUGCGUUGGGAAUAGUGAAUGCUCUGUAAUGCACAGGCAAGCAUGCGAAAUAUCUGCGCACCUUUGUGUUGCGUUUUUCGCAUGACAAACUGCGUUUUUGCAUGACAGGCAAAAGGGUCUCUUCUUGGACACGCAUCACAAACUUUUUGGUCAUGCCAGACAAGCAUGACAAGUCUCGCAAUCUUCCAGACCCAGACAUAUUUGCAAUCCAUAGCACGUUGGAUUACGAGGAACAGGACGAGAAGGGCCGCAUGGUGAGAAAGGAAGCCAUAUCCCGUGUAAAAACAUCCCCACCCCAGAGUCAAGAUAAGUGGCCACAUUAUACCAUAGUUAUUUCCGUACUUCACCUACGUCAUUCUCUCCUUUUUAACUUCAACAAAGUUCGAAACUUCUCUGUGCUUUAAAUUUGGUCUUUUCCAGUACAUAAAACACCCCAGAGUCAAGAUGGCGACUUUUUGCUACACAAGUCAACAAGUUUAGGCUGUUCUGCAUGACAGAUUUGAGCUCGUAAGUAGGUAGUCCUGUUCAGCUAGUGUGUUCGUAUUACAAAUCGACAACCCUAUCCUGCUUGGAGCAUGACAAACUCCCAGGUAAUAUUAGAAAACGCUCCAGCUCUGCAUGGGGCUGCGCAUGAGAAAUGUUCUAGGCUCGCAGAUUUGCAUGACAAGUCUGGGGCGGGAGCGUUUUUGCGGAGCAUAAACCAAAGUGAUUGACAGAGUGCCAGAUGAAGGCAUGUACACCGAGCCCGCAGUUGAGGCGAAAGACGGGCGCCACAUGUAUCCACAGUACUUCUAAAUCAUUUCCCGUACUGCGCACACAGUGACAGCAACAGCUACAGCUGCGGUUUCUACUGCAUCACAAAACUUGCCUUCGAUCCUAGAGUCAGCAUGACAAGUCGUGUUACACUCUAGUACGUCAUGGCGAACAAGUUUGUCAUGCACUUUGCACAUCGUGUAGUACAACGGGAAAAUAAAGAUAAAUUUGUAUUGCAUAACAUGGUACAGGACCACAUUACGCCGUACAGGAAGUAUCUUUGGGGCUACGGCCGUGUAGAGAUGGGUCUUAACGAGGACGCACCGGAGUACUGGCACCAUUGCGACCGGAAAAAACCGCACACCGGAAUCUACCCAGAGUAAACUUCCCGUACGCGUACAAAGCUGGUUUCUGCAUGACAAACUUUUCUUCCAAUUCUACUCAGCAUGGCAAGUGACAUGCUCCAACUUGGUAAAAUUUGUCAUGCAUUUUGUACAUGUACUACAGGAAAUUUGUAUUGCAUAGAAUUAUCAACAGGAACAGUAGCUCCGCUGUCAUCAACAAUUCCAUGAUGCAGGAAAUUUGCCGACCCGCCUGGGAGCGGCCCGGUGUGGCGAACGGAGUCGAUAUGUGCCACUCACGGUGUGUGUUCGAGUUGCAGGGAAACGGGAAGGAGACAUCCUUGGUGGAUGGAAGCAAAAACGAGAAGCCGGGGGGUAUCGACCAGGAUAUUUCCUGCCGCAAAAUGUGCUUGGACCAUGCGAUUACGCCCUACAACCCACGGUGGGACGAUUUGGACGAAAACAUGAAGGCGGUGCUGAUGAAGGAUCAGUACGUGGAGUCUCCGGAGGGAACGAACACGGGGAGGAACAGCAACCCCGGAGCCAUCAAGCUCCGGCCGUACCUGAACAAGAAGUGCAACGCCAUCUACGACUUUUUCUGCAGAAAAGACGCUCCGGGGAGGUCCCACUGGGAGAAGGGGAACCCGCCACCGCACCCAAAAGACAAGGACAAACCCCCGUCCAAGUGGCAUCACGGGAGGUGGCCCUUCACGCACGACAGCUACGAGUGCAUGGACCUCCACGACCCCAUUCGCGACGAGCCGAACCCCAUCGACCCCAGCUGCUGUGGCGGCUGGGCCGAGCCGUUCUCGAACAACCACGGGCGGUACAGCAGCUGGUCGCCGUUUCCGAAGAUUUUCUGCAACCAGUUCUACCGCACCGAUAUGGCGUUCGGAAAACGAUUUGGGCAGGAACUGGGCGCAAUCGACAAGGAGCACGACCCGGUGGAGACGCCCAACGUGCCGGAGGGCGAGUUGAAAGCGGUCGACCCGGUGACCGGAGACACGACUACGUUCUCCGGCUUCAACAAGCAUCGCCAGCGGGGGCACUGCGAGGUGCCGGAGCGUGGGAAGUAUCAUGAGGAAAAAUCCCCCCUCCCAAUAAUCAGGCGGAGGUUUGUGUAGCAUGAUUUGUGAUCACAAAUCACAUUGUCAUGCUAGAAGGGAAGAGAUGCGGAGUGUAGUGCUGGCUGGCGUGGGAAUAAACCUUUGCGUCUUCAACAUAACAAAAAACAACUAAAAGUGGGACACCGCAUGACAAAUUGCCCGCAAACGAGGCCGCGACUGUGUCUCUUGGCCUUCUAGCAAGACAAGUCGAUCUGUGUACGCAGAUCCAGCACCACAAAUAUCCUUUUCGACAUGUUGGGGAGGGGGAAUUUUUCCUCACAAUAGAAAGCCGAUGGAUAUCAUCUACCCCUGGGAAGACCACCACGGGGAUACGGUCGGGAAGCGAAAUAUGGAUGUGUCAGGAUCGAAAUCGUCAAAGUUGAAAUGAUUUGCCAUGCAUAAAAUGCAAGACAUGAAGCACCUGUCUUGCCGGGAUGGCAAGUGAGGCAGAUUGUGAGCCUAUUUAGGGUUUGGGAUAGAGCUGCUAAAAGAGCAUGACGAAAGCAGUCUUCUGUGCCCAAACAGCAUGACAAAUUGGAUUCCGGUGCUCCGAAAAUUUGUCAUGCGCCGCUUAAAAAUUAGGCUUCCAACUGGUAUCCAUUUUAUGCAUGACAAAUCAUUUCAAGAACUUUGUCGCUUUCAAACCUGACGCUUCCAUACGAAACAAACGAUACACCAUGGACCCAGAUAUGAAUCGCAAAAGCAUCGUACAACUAUUAGUAUUUGCAUUACAAAUUAGCUCAGCAUGGCAAAUGGAAUUUGUCAUGCUGUUUUACCUUGGGAUGGAGAUUUGUAAUGCAUAACUGCAAGAAUUACUACGAGUGCGAUACUUUUGCAGAGGAUACCAGAGUCCUGUCUACAAAUGGGGCAUUCAGUGUUCAAGGAAAUGGAGGACGCGUAUUACGAUUUCGCGAGGCUGCAGUCCGGGCACCAGGGGUCCGGCCGCAUGUUCGCGUGGGACGCGGUAGAUAAAAGGGCGUACCACGGAGGCAUAAGAGAUGUUCGCGGCAUGCGGUGGCAUGAAAACAAUACGAAGGUGACCAUGGAGCAGUGCCGCAUGCCGGUCGUCAUGGUAACGAAGCACAUGGGCGAUCAGGAAGCUAGCUCCUUUGACGUGUCUCCCAUGAAGCCUGCCUGCCGGUAUGCGAAGAAAAAGCUGUUUCACGGUUUUUACACAUUGUGUUGCAGGCAUCGCAAGACAGACAAGUUCUGUCAUGCCGAAGAAGAUGCUCAGGAGCCUAGAGUUUCAUACGUGUUUAUUUCCCUACCGAUUUUUGCAUUGCAAGUUUUCUCUGUCAUGCAAGGCAAAUGCAAAUUUGUGAUGCUGAGUUGUUCAUUACAGAUGUGUAACCUCUGCAACACUUUUCUCCUUUGAUAGCCGGGUGCACAUCGCCAGUAAGGAUUUCGAAGAUAAGGACCCGAACGACACAGAUACGUACUUGCAGCAGUCGGAAGCCCUGGGCGUAUCAACUGCAAAUAUGUCUGGGUCUGGAAGGGGACAAGUUUGCCAUGCACAUUUUCCAUGAUCCACGAUGUCUGUUAUGUAUGCCCUAGCAUCACAGAUUUUGUGAGCGCUUAUCGAUGCGCACCCCGCAUGAGAAAUGCCCGAUCCACGUAGCCAAAUUUGGCUGCUCUUGCUGCUCAUGCAAUACAGAUUUUUUUAGCAUCCACAUGCAGCAUCACAAGUUGCACUGUUCCAGACCCAGACAUUUUUGCAAUGCAUAGCGCGCCCUUCACGACGAGACAAACAACGGAACCGAGGGUGUGGAGGGCAUCCCAGAGGACGGGGCGGACCUACCGGAAGGAGUCUCGGUCUGAGUUGGUCUUUAUGCAGUUGUGCAAAUGGAGCAAUAUGAAUAUCCUCGUACCCCUACCUGUAUACAACCCUGCAGAACAUUUUUUUUUGGAACUCUGUUUUCAUUUCGGAGCAAGUUCUCCAGUUUGCAAAGUCAAAAUUUAGAGCUCUAUUUUGGUACAGGUGACGUUUCUAGCACAAAAAAAAAAUUCAGCUUAAUUGUUUGCGUUUCGGAAGUAGACAAAAAAACUUACUAGCAAAAAUUUUCAGCAGAGCAGAUGCAGAGCUUUAUCCUCCAUUUCAUUGUAAAUAUUGACUAGAUGAUAAAAUUGACGAUGAUUCAUUUAUUUUCGAGAAGUGUGUUUUAUCCGUAUUGAAGUUGUGCAAAGUACUAUUUUGGAUAGAAAAGAAGAACACUAUUUUACGUUUUUCAUUGUCUCGGCAGAAUUAGUGAUCCUUAAAGUUGUUGAUGCAGAGAAUACAGUGCGACGUUCACGUUGAAGAUCUUGAUGUACCUACUCCAAUAUAACUGUAGUGAGGUGCGACUUGAGCUUUGUUUCUAGUGCCGUAGUCAUUGAUUCCUAGAAUUACUUGAUCGACGCGGGCUGGGUGGAUUUGGUUUGAGAAUAGAGUGUACUUACUUACUAUCAGAAGCUGCAAAUGUUGGCAGACUCAGCUUUGCUAAAACUCGAUUAAGACGACACCAGAAUUUUUAGUCCGUGGAUGAGAAGUGUGGCUGAGAUGGAUACAUCAAUCAGGAACUGAUUUUGUGUCCCAAGAACUUGAACUUGUAUUUGAUUGGAUCAAAGAAAAAGCUGUACCCAGAAAAGCAAAACGAUUAUUGAUCAGGUGCACACAAGGCCCCCUUAU